AUGAGACGAAGCUACGAAUUACGACUCGAGGAACAAACCCGCAAGUUUGAAGAUUUGCAGGCCAUGUCUAUCCCAAACUUGAGCAGUUUGAGAAGCAAUCAUCAUCUUAACCCACAACAACAAUUACAAGAACCUCAGCAAGUGUUACCACAACAAAGUAGCGUAAUGAAUUUGUUGAACCAAGACUUGGGAAAUAAUAUGGUUACCAUGGACAACAAUAUGAAUAUGAGUGCCGCUGUGGAUGAUCAAAGAAGCGAAAGUACCAGUGAGGAAAGUGCUGACGAUAUAAACAAUAACGGGCAUCUUGCUAGAACGCGUCGUCAAACCAGACAUACCCAACAACAACAGCCAAAACAACAACAACAACAACAACAACCACCACCACAUCAUCACCACCAUCAUCACCACCAUCAUCAGCAAGUUGCCCCAGUUCAUAUUUCAAAUGGGGUACAUAAAGUUGCUAAUCAUAGCGUGUUAGUGAAUAAUGACAUGGGUUCCUCGCCUUCCUCGACAUCCUCGGCAUCUUCUGCUCUGAUUUCCAAUAAUAAUAUUAUCAAUACUACCAAUUCAGCCAGCCGCAAGCGUCGCCGUAACAACCCAAUAAUUGCAACUACCACUGUAGUUACUCCUGCUACAUCAACCAGAGCUUAUCGUUGUCCAGACUGCAAUGAGCUUUUCGCCCUAAAGAGAGAGGUCACUACUCACCGAGCGUUUGUUCAUACUGGAGUACAAUUAUAUCCUUGUUCACAUUGUGGGAAAACUUGCACUACAAAGCAGCUUUUGACGAACCAUAUCAAUGGAGCCCAUUUGGGUAAUCGUCCAUUUUCUUGUGAGUACUGUGAUAAAGGAUUUGUAUCGAAGCAGAACAUGGAAGCGCAUAGGGACAGAAUUCAUCUCAAAAAGAGGCCAUUCAAGUGUGACAAAUGUGAUAAGGAAUUUUUUAGUAAAUAUGACCAUGCUAAACAUCUGUGCUGA